AUGUUUACAGGAAACGUCUCCAGGGUUCCGUCCUCCAGCGAUGUUGCUAGACAGACACAUCACGAGAUUUACUCCGUCUCAACAAAUGACAGGAAGUAUUUCUUCGUUGACUUCAUCGACCGAAGGUCCAUCAACCCUAAUAUCAUACCUCAUCCAUCCUUAGAGGACACUUGGGUCAUCGUUGCCCAACGACAUGACCCGGAUAGUCGUCUCCCAAUGACCUUUGCUGAAAUAACAUGCAAUGCGACUUUCCAAAACGGCACCCUUCGAUGUCUGGAGAGCCCCUCCAUCUUACCUGUCAUAACAACACCCGGAGACAAGUGUGACGGAGAUUAUUUAGUCCUCAACUUAAACAUUGGGCCACACGAUGCGCGCGUCUUCUAUGGACCAGAUGCACCGUACACCAUUUACGGCUCGAAUUCGAGGUUCACUUGUUUCGGGCAGUUUGUCCAUGAUCUAAGGUCAUUGCUCGAUUGGGGAAAUGGUGGAACUUCUGACACCGGGUUCAAGAAUGCAACAGAACUUCAACGGCCACUUCCCUAUGGAAAAGUCGAAAAGAAUUGGUUCGUGUUCUGGGACCACAAGGGCGAGAUCUAUGUUCACUACGAUGUCUCACCCAAACGUGCUUUUGCAAAAUUGGAACUGGACGGUUCGGUAGGAGAAGACCUCGCACCUCAAGCUGCCCGUGCCGGAGAUGAUAGUUGCAUGGCAAAGUACCUGCCUACAGUUGGCCCUGAUCAUGAAUCUCUUCAUCAAGCAACGAACUCGCUCUCCGUCACACUUUGCAAACGAUCAGAUCCGUCGUGUAAAAUGAAUGAGGAAAACACUUUCAUCCUUACCAUCUUCCAGCAUAAGCGCUAUCGUUUUUUCCACAGCGUUUACGAGCCAUACGCAAUGCUCUUUGAGCAAAAAUCCCCGUUCAAGAUCCAUGGCAUCUCUUCGAAACCAUUUUGGAUUCACGGCCGUUGGAAACCGAGUUCAUUGAACGAGCAGGAUCGGCUUGCUGAGAUGAUGAUUAAGGAUGGGAAAGUGCGGAAUUACAAUCAGACGGAGAUGAUGUACAUCACGUCGAUGAGCUGGAAGUCGAGUAAGCAGAAGUAUCAUGGGUUUCUUGAUGAUGUGGUAUUUCUUGGGUUUGGUAUAGAGGAUUCUCAGAGCGCUGGAAUUGAUGUGGUGGUUGGAGAUCUCUUAACUGGUAUGAGUCUUUGUUAG